AUGCCAGCCUCGGCGAUUCCACACAAUCUCCAUGAUCAGCUGCAUCCUACGCCGCCACGUGAGCUUGGCUCCGAUCAGUCGCAGUCACACAGCUCCGGGUCCAACCCAUCUGACUCGCAAUCGCUGCAAAGAGCUCUUGCCGGCGACGACAAUGCUCUGGUUCCAAUCCACUACCCAGCUCUAAAAGAGGCAUUCCUAACAUCCCUUGAAGAACAGCAGGAUGUUAUCGAGGCAACAGCUCGGCACUGCCUAGGCGUCCGGAAUUGUCACCUGGGCGCGCGGGAGGUCUGGCAAUCUGGCUCCUUCAACGUCGUCCUUCCAAUCCAUAUUGCAGCCGGCUGGUCUGUCUUCAUGCGUAUCCCAUUCCCGUACCGCCUUGGCGAAGACCGGUGCCCGGGCAACGUUGAAGAAAAGCUCCGGACCGAGAUUGCCACCUAUAUCUGGCUGCGUCAAAAUUGUCCCGAUAUCCCAAUCCCCGAAUUGCACGCCUUUGGGCUGCCAGACGGGUCAGCGUUUUCACAUCCCCUCCGCACACCCCUCUGGGAACGAACCUGGUGGGCGUUUAAACGAUUUGCUUGCUUGCUACUCGGGCGCCCGGUGCCUGUCCAUCAUGUCAAACGGAAAACUCGCCACUCAAUCAAUCCUGGCUUUUUGAUUAUAAGCCGAGCGCGCGGCGAAAAACUAGCCUGGUCGUGGCUAGAUCGCUUCCAAGACAAGGCGUACCGAGACCGCUUCUUCCGCAGCCUUGCUCGUAUAUCACUCUCGCUAAAUUCGGUUCCCUUGGCGCGCAUCGGAUCGUUGAAGCUUCAGCCGGACGCGUCUAUCGCCUUGUCCAACCGGCCGCUUAGCCUCUAUUUUCAGAUGCUGGAGAACGAGGGCAUUCCGACCGGCAUCCCGCGCCAUCGUACAUACGCCCAACCCAACGCAGUCCAUGAUCAAGAGGAUGGCGAGAGACAACUCGCUGCGCUUACCGCCCUGCGCGCCAUCAUGCACCACUUCAUCCGUCCAGAGCAUCGCGAUGGACCAUUCUUCCUUCACCUGACAGAUUUACACCAGCAAAACAUCUUUGUUGACCAAGAUUGGAAUAUUGAGACAAUUAUCGAUCUUGAGUGGGCGCAUACCGCGCCAUUGGAAAUGCAGCUUCCCCCAUACUGGCUCUCGUCAAGGGUAUCAGUCGACAGUUUCGACGACCAGGCUGCCAUUACCGACUAUGAGGCCGUACUGGAAGAAUACUGGGCAAUUUACGAAGCCGAGGAGAGGAAGCGCAACGAUACCGUCGUCCAGGUCCCACUUCAGCGUGACAUGUGGGCAAGAGGGAGCUUUUGGUACUUUCACGCCGUCGGCAUACCAAAGGGCAUGUACACGUUGUUCAAUAGGCACAUCCAGCCGCUAUUUAACAAGGAGCAUCCUGAUAAGCAAAUAUUCGAUACUGUCUUUUAUUGUAUUGGGGAUUUGGCGCGCAGGGUUUGA